UGCCAUUGCCCCGGCGUCACUGCAGAACCGAGGUCGCUGCGUGAUGAUGUGGUGAAGUCGUCCUCCGGUCCCUGCCACGCCCUGGCGGUUACUGGCAGCGGCGGCAGCUUCGGCUGCCGCUCUCAGGCUGCCGCCGCUUUAGGGGCUUCGCCCUGAGGGGGCUCCGGCGGAGGACGAAGGACGCCGGACCAUUCUGGUCAUGACUGUCCAAGGUAUGAUAAUCACAUGAAUGCUCAUUGCUGCAGAUGUCAUUUGACUCAGAGAAAAUCUGUCUAAAAGAAAAUAUCCAUACUACCAGAUCUGUUUCUUUUUCGAAUGGCUUGAUGGAUCUUCUUUACUCUGAUUUAUGCCAAAGCUGUCCAUCUCAACCAAAGCAAGAAAGGAUCCUGCAUGAGUCAAUCCCAGAAUGCCAUUUUUAUAUCAUCAACAGGUGAAGAAAACCUCAUGAAUAGCAAUCACAGAGACUCGGAGAGCAUCACUGGGCAAGGGCAGAGUUACUUGUGUUUGUCUACCCAGCAGGCACCUGACAGCAGUUCCUGGCACACAAGAGGCUCAUGGGACUUACAGGAUGUCUGCUCCAAUGAGGAUCUCCCUGAAGUUGAGCUGGUCAGUCUACUAGAAGAGCAGCUACCACAGUACAAGCUAAGAGUAGACUCUCUUUUUCUGUAUGAAAAUCAAGACUGGACUCAGUCCCCACACCAGCAGCAACAUGCAUCUGAUGACCUCUCUCCAGUCCUUGCUGAAGAAACUUUCCGUUAUAUGAUUUUAGGCACAGACAGGGUGGAGCAGAUGACCAAAACUUACAAUGACGUUGACAUGGUUACACAUCUCUUGGCAGAGAGGGAUCGUGAUCUGGAGCUAGCUGCUAGAAUUGGACAAGCUCUCUUAAAGCGGAACCAUGUCUUGUCUGAGCAGAAUGAAGCCCUGGAGGAGCAAUUGGGACAAGCCUUUGAUCAAGUUAAUCAGCUGCAGCAUGAGCUGUCCAAGAAAGAUGAGUUACUUCGAAUUGUCUCCAUUGCUUCUGAAGAGAGUGAAACUGAUUCCAGCUGUUCUACACCUCUUCGGUUCAAUGAGUCCUUUAGCUUAUCUCAAGGUUUGCUGCAGUUGGACAUGCUGCAAGAAAAGCUCAAGGAACUGGAAGAAGAGAAUAUGGUUCUUCGAUCCAAGGCUUGUCAUAUAAAGACAGAAACUAUUACCUAUGAAGAGAAGGAACAACAGCUUGUCAAUGACUGUGUUAAAGAACUUCGUGAAACAAAUGCUCAGAUGUCCAGAAUGACUGAAGAAUUGUCAGGGAAGAGUGAUGAACUGAUUCGACACCAAGAAGAGAUCUCCUCUCUCUUGUCUCAGGUUGUAGAUCUUCAGCACAAACUUAAAGAACAUGUGAUUGAGAAGGAAGAACUAAGACUUCACCUACAAGCUUCCAAAGAUGCCCAGCGACAACUGACAAUGGAGCUGCAUGAGUUACAAGACAGGAAUAUGGAAUGUCUGGGUAUGUUACAUGAAUCCCAAGAAGAAAUAAAGGAACUUCGUAGUAGAUCUGGCCCUGCUGCUCAUCUCUACUUCUCCCAGUCCUUUGGAGCUUUUACUGGGGAAUCUUUGGCAGCUGAGAUUGAGGGCACCAUGCGUAAAAAGUUGAGUGUAGAUGAAGAAUCUUCUUUUUUUAAACAAAAAGCCCAACAGAAACGGGUAUUUGAUACUGUCAAGGUUGCCAAUGACACACGGGGCCGCUCUGUCCCAUUCCCAGCUCUGCUACCCAUCCCAGGCUCCAACCGUUCAAGUGUCAUCAUGACAGCAAAACCUUUCAAGUCUGGUUUACAGCAGACAGAGGACAAAACACUCCUGAACCAGGGGAGCAACUCGGAGGAGAUUCCAGGGAACUCUCAGAAGAUGGGCCAACCAGGACCCUCUGGAGAUAGUGAUUUGGCUACAGCACUGCAUCGCCUUAGCCUGCGUCGACAGAACUAUUUAAGUGAGAAGCAGUUCUUUGCUGAAGAAUGGGAGCGGAAGAUCCGGGUUCUGGCUGACCAGAAAGAAGGAGUUAGUGGCUGUGGCACCCCCACAGAGAGUCUUGCCUCUCUCUGCACUGACCAGUCAGAGAUUACAGACUUCAGCAGUGCCAGUUGCCUUCGAGGGUUUAUGCCAGAAAAAUUACAAAUUGUCAAGCCCCUUGAAGGAUCACAGACUCUCUAUCAUUGGCAACAGCUUGCUCAACCAAACUUGGGAACCAUUCUUGAUCCACGACCUGGUGUCAUUACUAAAGGCUUUACCCAGUUGCCCAAAGAAGCCAUCUAUCACAUCUCAGAUUUAGAAGAGGAUGAAGAAGAAGGUAUUACUUUUCAGGUUCAACAGCCUCUUCAAGUGGAACAUAAAGCUUCAAUAUCCAAGCCAGUAACAGGAAUCUUCCUUCCACCCAUUACUUCAGCAGGUGGACCAGUUACAGGUGCAUCCUCAAACCCAGGAAAGUGUCUGUCGUGCACGAACUCGACAUUCACCUUCACCACCUGUAGGAUAUUACAUCCCUCUGACAUCACUCAAGUUACCCCCAGCUCUGGUUUCCCUUCAUUAUCCUCUGGAAGUAGUGGUAGCAGUUCAUCAAACACGGCUGUGAAUUCUCCUGCUGUGUCCUACAGACUCAGCAUUGGUGAAUCUGUCACCAACCGACGAGAUUCUACUAUCACCUUCAGUAGCACCGUGAGCUUGGCCAAACUUCUACAAGAGCGAGGCAUCUCUGCUAAAGUGUACCACAGCCCAAUUUCAGAGAACCCCCUCCUCCACCCUCUCCCUAAAGCUCUGGCUAUCCCUUCCACACCACCAAAUUCACCAUCUCAUUCACCUUGCCUUUCUCCUUUGCCCUUUGAGCCUCGAGUACAUCCUUCUGAAAAUUUUUUGGCCUCCCGACCAGCUGAAACAUUCCUCCAGGAGAUGUAUGGCUUGAGACCUUCCCGGAACCCUCCUGAUGUGAGCCAGUUGAAGAUGAGCUUAGUGGACAGGCUGAAAAGAUUGGGGAUAGCCAGAGUGGUCAAGACCCCUGACGCCCAGGAGAAUGGAAGAAGCCAAGAGGCAGAAAUUGGUUUUCAGAAACCAGACUCUGCUGUUUAUUUAAAUUCAAGUAGCAGUUUAUUGGGUGGAUUGAGGAGGAAUCAGAGCCUUCCAGCCAUGAUGGGUAGCUUUGGCACCCCGGUUUGCACAUCCUCACCUAAAAUGGGUAUCCUGAAGGAAGACUGAGGCUCAGUAGUUAGCUGACCUCGUGUACAAAUCAGCACAUGCAGGAUAGAUAAGCACUGAUACAUGUGGUCUGGUCUGACUCGAGAGAAAAGGAAUGUUGCAGAAGGGUCGUGAGGGUGGAAAAGAGGAGGUAGGUGGAGAAAUGGAAACAAAAUUGGGAUGAGGGUCCAAUGGAUGAAGUUUGGUAAAUUGACAGUAUAAAUGAAUGGGUGGGCCGUGAGUGUUUGGAGGCAGAAAAGGAAGAGAGGUUUAAUACACUCCUUCAGUUGAGUUUUCUUGUCUUAAAAAUAAAAAGUGAGUAGAAAAUAAGUUUAGGUAUAUUGAAACACAGAAAUACUGAAGUUGCUGGCACAUUUACUUCUGAGAAACAUAAGCAAGGAGAACCCAGGUUAGAAAGAUGGGAAGAGGAAAGGAGUAGCUUUGACUGUUGCUUAUAGAAAGCUGUUCUGAAGGUUGGGAGGGUAAGCUUAAUCUGUUACCGAGACAGUAGUGAGAUGGCUUAUAUAUUUCCUCUGUUAAUGUCUGGUUAAGUUAUGUAUCCAUCAAAUGGUAUGCUUAUAGCAUUAGCAAAACAAACAAUUUUAUCAUUGUCAUUAGGUCAUAAGUGGAGACUCCCUUUUUCCUUUCUGUUCUCAGGCCUUUGAGCCAUUGGGAGCCCAAAAAUCACUCAAAUUCUUUUGUAUUUAUGAUUAAUAAAAGUUCAUUUUUUUAAUUUGUAUUUUUAUACAACAUCCCCAAAAAACUAUGUGGGUAGAGGGUGGGAGGGAUUUACUUUAAGAAGGAAGAUAUGGGUGAAUUGGAACCAAGGAAAUUUGUUUUUAGAAUAUUUCUUUUGGAUAAUACAGUAGCCAAGGAAUACAAACAGAAGUGCAUGUCUUUCAAAUUUCACUGGAGGCUGGAAGGGGUUAAACCAGAUGUGUAAUCAAUAGGAAUUAGGAAUGUUGUAUAUUUAUAUGUGUAAAAAAAUUUUUUUAAAGAAAGUUGGUUGCAACUAACUUUUUCCAAAGUAUGCUAUGCAUAUUUUUAAUGAAAGAUGACAUGUAUUUGCACAAAAAUUCUCAGGCACAUUAAAUUAUUAUAAAUUGAAGUAAAACCCAGGUGCUUGCUUUGAGAUUGUGUGAUAUGUUUUCCUAAUGUAAAAUAAAAUUGAAACAUAUCUGCCUUGUUCUUAAUGUCUAUAGAAUUAGAGAGUGAACUUUUUAAUAGAGUCAAAGCUUUUCUUUUUCUUUCUGGGUUCUCUCCCUCCCCCCCUUAAAAAAAAAACUGAGAGCCUGGGAUUAGGUUUCAGCAUUCAGCAGUAUGACUCAAGACUAUGAAUUGGGAAGAAACAGAUCUUUUUUCUGAGUGUUGCUGAUCUAAAUCUGCUCCUCAUCAGAUGACAUGGCUUUGUCUAGGCAGAGCAGUUCAGAAAGAAAUACCAUUAUAUGAAAGACAUGAUGGAGAGAAGAUGAGGGAGGGGGCUAUUUAUUUUGUUUAUGGAAAUGGCGAGUGUAUUACUUGAUCUUUCUGGUGCUUAAUUUAUAAUGUUUUGCUCCUUUGUCCUGCUUCUAACCAAAAGGCUAUUUUCUGAAGAUUUCUUUACUCUUGCUCCUGUGGUUCCCAUCAGUACACCUAUUCCUAGGCCAGGAGAGUCUUCCUCUCUCCUCUUGAGGCAUCUCCCCUACAUGAAGAGCUACGUGCUCAAAAGGAGAGAAAAACCAACAUGCAGGCAGUGCUAAGAAUGUGUGAGUUUUCCAUGCCUUUUAGAAUCUUUUAAUAAAUCUUUUAAAAAUGAAUUUCUCGAAAACAAAGGGUAAAGAUGUCCCCUCCCUUUCUGUCCCCAUGGCUCAGUCAUGCUGAGACAUACACGUUUAGAAAGGAUUCCAACAGGUCCAGAAGUGAAUGUAAUGUCCCUGAAUGGAGCAGACAUUAAGGAGAAGAAUUCCUGAUGUUUAAAUUUCUUAAAUAUUCCAAUUCACUUUUUUAAAAAUAGUAUUUGGGUUUCUACUUUAUAAAGUAACUCUGGGGUACUUACUUUAGCCAACUCUUAAAGCUUUUUAUUUCUUCCCAAGGAAAGUAAUCUUCCUGUUGUCCAGAUGUUUACAUUUUCCAAGAAACAUCAGGAAGUAGGAAAAUGUAAGGCCAGAGAGUAGCACAAAGUUAAAUUAACAGAUUUAUGUAUAUUAUAUAAAGAGCUGUAAUCCAACUAGGUAUUGUAAUGUUCUGUAUUGAGUAUAAUUUGUAUACUUUUUUUAUAAUCAAUGCCUAAAUGAUCACUUUGGAGGCAAGGUGGGGGCAUACUAGCGAGCAAAUAAAUACAUUUGUUAAAGAGAACCAGAUUUAGAUUUUUGAAAAUUAGAUUGAUGUUGACAUUCCAACCAGACUUAGGUUUUUGAAAUUUAAAUUGAUGUUGACAUUCCACAUAAUAACUAUAUACUGGUGCAUGCUUGUCUCUAGAAAUGCAUCCUGUCUUAAAACUGGGUUUUGCUCUCUGAAGUUUCCACCUAAUGUCAUUUUUGGUACAGCCUGAGAAUCCCUAUUAAUGUAAUUGUCUGCAAAGUGUAGUAAAAAGAGCUGGAGCCUUAAAGCAAGUUCCUCGAUUUAUCUGUUAUUCUUUGGUACUGUUCACAUUUUAGUUUUUUCUGUAAUAUCAACUGUAUAUGUACUAUCAUGCCAGUAUAGGAAACGGCAGCCUUUUUUUUUCUCCUUCAAGAUUUUCAGUGAUUAUACCUCAGGUAUUUCUGAAUAUCCUAUUACCUAGUAAGAGAGAUAUUUUUGUGAGCUCAGAAUUAAAGUUCUCCUGAAUUAUGAAGAUCCCAAAUAUUAUGUAAAUAGCCUUAGACAUGGAUCUUUAGGGAGAAGUUAGUGACCAUUAAAAGUUUUAUGCUAUAUGUCCUAGAUUUGACAUAAAUGAACACUCCGACAAGGAAGGAAGGAAGAGGCAGCUCACGACAGAAGCCUGUUCUCUAUUAAAAUUAUAUUUUACACAGUAUUCAAAGCUUGUUAUUUUUUCUUACCAUUUUAGUACAUAAUUAAUACUUGGUGGUUCCUAACAUCAACUUUUGACAUCUGGAACUAGGGCUCUUAGUGUUUAGUCGUCCACUUCUCUGAUGUCAGAUGCACAGGGACCUGUACUCCAUGUGCAACACAGCAGCAGCAUAGUCUGGUAACUGAGUGGUCACGUUGCAGAGCACAGCCCCAGAAGUGGGCAUAAGUGCCCUCUGUGUGGGGCAGUCAGGGAAAUCUGCUUGUGUGGUAUCUGGGGUUUGACUUUGUCAAACAGCUGUUUGUGCACCUACCUUGGCUUUGUCAAAUGUAAAUCAGAUAAUAAACAUGAUUAUCUUCUUAAGUUUUCA